GAUGCCCCACAAAUACAGGUAUGGGAUAAUCUAUUUAGGUUCGAAUUUUUGCAAAGCCUGGGGGAAAAGCCACAUAGGCUUGGGUUUAACUUCCUUAUUGAAUAUAUCCAUACAGCAGAAGUGUUUGUUAAAAUUGUACGUAAGCACGUACCGAGCGCAGCGCAAUUUAUUAAAACUCGAAAUGUCAAAAUUCAUUCUUCCUUCCAAAUGACAUUCGUGGAUACAUCGCCCUCGCAACCCCUCUUUCCGCAACCGCUAGCCUAUUUCCUGGUCACUCAAGCACUCUUGACCGUACUGGUAAUCGGAUACUUUCUGCAUGUUCAAGGUGUCUACUUUCGGCGAAGUAAAAGCGUGAAUCACGGGGCAACAUACGAGAAAUAUGUGCUGGAAAAAUCGGUACUUGAAGUUACCGAAGUGGAUGGAGAUGUCUCAUUUCAGGAAUGCGAAAAGCGUGACGGUGACAAUGUGAUCAUGGAGGCUAAGACCGAGAUUAGGGGGAGAGGUAAGGAGUUCGCCUCGAAAAACGGAAAGAUGAACAACAACGGGAAGGGUGAAGGAGAGGUGCAGAAAGGUGGUAUCGGAAAUGUGAUUUUGGGAGAGUUGGAGAAGCGGAGGAAUUUUAGGAAUCAGACAAGAGAGAACAAAUGA